AGUCGCCCUUUUGCCGCUGUGCUGCUUAGGAAAUAAAAUGCCCUCCUGGUUGCGCUGCUUGGUCAUUCAUUAAACCGCUGCCUUUGCCCGGAUCCAUUUCCACACCAUGAUUUAGACCACCACCACUCGCCCUCACCCAUACAUACGCACACACACACCCAUAAUCAUACACACCCUUCUAAUAGGCCCAGUCCCGGUCGCCUCUUUAAACUUCCCUUCGCUGCUCAGCUCCUCCUCCAUUCUCUCACACUCUUUCGCCCUCGAGUCUCCUUCUUUCGGCCGGGUUUGGCGGACAUUCGGGAAUAGAUAGUCCUUCGACUUUUUUGCCCCGUUCCCAUUCCAGCUCGUUAUAGUCCUGACUGCCCCCUCUAAGUAAUCCAAGCAUUACCAAUUACCCGGCCACACGCUGCCUGCUCACUCAGCGGCCACGACAGCUCCUCUUUUGUCCGUACAAGUACGGCUUUUGUCUGCUCCGGGGCGUACCGAUUACAUACCCUCGUGUACUUUCCACGAAUACCUAUACCCCCCACCUGGAUUAUCCAAAAGCGGAGCCUGAUUGUGAGAUUCAUAUACCCAUCCAUCCGCUGUCGACAGGCCUUCGUCCACCCCCCCUCUAUCAAAAAGAGACGACAUCCCAUCACCAUUUGACUUUCACGCCAUCGACAUUUAUCCGCAUCAGAAACGACGACAUCACUCCGUACUUUGGAAUCGCGCCUAUUCGAUCAGUUUUGCUCGCGUGUUGGAAAUCGUCAUUGUGGGAAUUUUCGAAAUCGCAGAGGUCGACGCGGGUCACUCCGUUUCACCCCAAAAGCUGGAAUAAAUGGCAACCGACACCGAGACGCUCUCUCUCCCAACCACAACGGCCCCUACAGAGGUCGCUGGGUCAUCAUGCUUGCCUCAAGAUGAACAUCAUUGCCGGGGACUCAAAAGAGAAUGGAGCGCCGACGAAUGGGACACGAGCAUCACGCCCAACUUUCACUUCUCCCAGUUAGGCGGACCGAGCAACACCGCGACGAGCCCUCAGCACCAGACACAAUCGCCUCAACAACAGCAGGAUCAGGGAGGCGAUGCCACGGCGACGGGCAAGUACGUCGCUCAGCUUAAUCUUAAUCCUGACGAUUGCGAGAGGCCCUUGAAGCGGAGGCCGAGCUCCGACUAUUGGCUAACAUCCAAUCUGUUAUCCUCGUACAGGAGCGUAGAGGAGUCGUGCAAGCGUUCGCUGGAACAUUUUCCGUGUCCGAGCAUCUCCUUCGCCAUGCCUACCCUCGAGUUUGACUUUCGCAUCGCUGUCGCACUCAACCCGGAACCCUCCCGAAUUGAGAACCGUGUCCAAAAGGAGAUCACCACCAUCAAGGGCGGCAGAUGGUCCGGAUCAUUUGGCAAUGGUCGAGUCAUGGCAGGCGGAUACGAUCUCGGCCAGGCACGAGGUUUUCGCCCGAUUCGCAUUGUUGAGGGUGCUUUUGUGUUGCAAACCACCGACCAGCCUCCGGCCAUGCUGGAAAUGCGUACGAGAGGUUCAUUAUCGGGCCCAUGUGACAUCCUAGAUACUCUUCUUAGCGCAAAGGAAUCCAAGGAUAACAUCGAUCCCCGUCAAUACGGCUUUCGGACUUUUGCCACUGUCAAGACCGCAGACAAACGCUACGCCGAGUUUGUCAACUGCGGACUCUGGGUUGCAAGUGGUGUGUGGCGAGGUGAAGAGCUGAUUAUCGACGCCUAUCGCCUGACCUAAAAGUCACGAGGCAUCGAUCUCUUCAUCCGAAAAGACAUGGCCUGGCGACACGAAAGGCGACAUGGAAAGACACUCUUUUGAAACAAAAAAAAAUUCUUGAUUUUGAAAGUUGGAUAUGAGCAUAGGGAUGGCGGCGCAGGCGGAUGACAUUUGAUUUGAUUUGUUUUUGUUUUUGUCUUGCGUAAGCGGUAUGGCGGACUUACAACAACUGGCUGGGCGAGGACGGACCAUUGGCGUUUUGAUGCAAGCGAGGAGUUUUUGGAUUUAUCGGGGUUGAUCAUUUGGAUUUUGGCGGUAAAUGGUUGCAUCUGGAUCGGAGUAUCGGAACUGAACUCUUCUUCUCUCUUCUUUUAAUGAGACGGCAUGGGGAAUUAGGCAUGGGGAGACUCGAAGCGAUUGGAAUUUCUGCUAAUUUGAGCCUCGUAUCGAUGGCAUUUGGGCUUGGUCUUGUGAAGUUUGCUUCAUCGAUGACAGCGCUCUCAUGAUUUAAUAAGAGAUGUGUUGAUCUUCGCUCAUGCGCAUUUGUCGAUGAAUAUUCUGCCGGGUCUGUAUUGGUCAGCGAGAUUGAGCCACGGUAACGUAGGAGCUUGAGCUUACUGCUUUGAUCACGUCGCCAAG